UAGGCCCUGUAAGGCCGGCCUUAAUAUUUCACCAAUUUCUACGCUAGGGCACACAUUUUGGUUCAGACCGACUAUUACCAUACCAGAACCAAAAUUUCGUGUGUUCAAAGCAAGCAACCGUUGGAAUCAGCUUCAUCUUCUUCACCGAUUCUCCCCUACUCUGUCAAAGUCCCGCGAAUUUAUUUCUUGUUUAACUUCCAAAAAUACAGAGAAUUUGGCGCCACUGUAGUAGUACGAACAACAACGCAGAGCAGUAACAGCGAGCGAGAGUGGAAAAGUAGCUGCAAAUGGAUCGAAUAGGAAACGAGUUCCCCUUCAGAAUUGGAUUAACUGGGCACAGUGGACAUCUUAGACUCGAACCACUUCCUCCAGUUGAACGUUCUAACCCUAUCAAAUCUCUUCCCGAUCUUAUCCUUCCACCAGCAUUAGCACCACUAACACAAGAAAGUAUAAACAAGUUUUUAGAAGACAAGUAUUUGACACCAAAAUUAGAUUCCAAAGAGUUUGCGCCUGAUAAGUGUGGAAGACAAUGGGAUUUUGAUUGGUUUGAUAAAGCGGAAAUACCUUUAGAGCCGUCAUUGCCACGGACUGUUAUAGUUCCUAAAUGGGAAUUGCCGCAUAAGCGUAAAAAGAACGAGAAAGGAAUAUGGAUUCCAGAAUCAGUGGAGGUACCAAUAUUAGAAGUAAUGGAAGGUGCUCAAGAUUCCGGGGCUGCACCUCGUAUGCCUGGUCCUGCGAAGGAUUUUGUGCGGGGUAGUAUCAGCAAUCGUCCUUUUCGUCCAGGUGGUCUAAGUGAGUCUCAAUCUUCUGGAAGAAUACUUCCGGAGGGUGUUUCAAGUGGUGAGUGGUUGAGUGAAAUUCUCAAAGGUGGUCCUGCACAGACUACUCCUCCCGGUUUUAAGCAGGGAUUGGAUCUCGGGGACCUCAAGGCUUAUCCAAGCUCGUGGAAAGUCACGCAUGAGAAAAGUUCGGUCAAAAACUCUGAUGAAAAUCUGAGUAGGUUGUCUGUGAACUUCGAUGACUUAUUUAAGAAGGCUUGGGAAGAUGAUGUUGAGGAAUCACAUGAAGAAGAAGUUAUAAGUUCUGCUCGAGAAAUUUCAAUUGAGGAGGAAGUUGAUUCAAGCAAUAGCGCACUUCUUACUGAAUUUUCUGUCUUGGAUGAGUUACUAUCAGUUGAUCCAGGAGGUUCAACAUCUAGGUCAGAUGAAAGUAAUGGUAGUGGUGGAAAUCAGCAGAAAGAGGCUUGGGCAGUCCAAGGAGGGAGCGAACACAUUGCAGAGCGUUUCAGUGAACUUGUUCCUGACAUGGCCAUUGACUUUCCUUUUGAGUUGGAUAAAUUUCAAAAGGAGGCCGUCUAUUAUCUUGAAAAGGGGGAGUCUGUUUUUGUAGCUGCUCACACAUCCGCUGGAAAGACUGUUGUUGCGGAGUAUGCAUUUGCUUUGGCAUCAAAACAUUGCACGCGAGCUGUGUAUACUGCUCCAAUUAAAACUAUCAGUAACCAGAAGUACAGGGAUUUCAGUGGAAAAUUUGAUGUUGGCCUUCUCACUGGGGAUGUAAGCAUCAGGCCAGAGGCAUCUUGUUUAAUCAUGACUACUGAAAUCUUAAGGUCAAUGCUUUACAGAGGUGCUGACAUUAUCCGAGAUAUUGAAUGGGUUAUAUUUGAUGAAGUGCACUAUGUCAACGACGUUGAAAGAGGUGUUGUGUGGGAAGAAGUUAUUAUCAUGCUUCCAAAGCAUGUCAAUAUUGUUCUUCUAUCAGCAACGGUGCCAAACACUGUAGAGUUUGCUGACUGGAUUGGUCGUACAAAGCAAAAGAAAAUCCGUGUUACUGGAACAACAAAAAGGCCCGUUCCUUUAGAGCACUGCCUAUUCUACUCUGGGGAACUCUAUAGCAUAUGCGAGAAUGAGAUUUUUCAACCCCUGGGAUUAAAAGCUGCUAAAGAUGUUUACAAUAAGAAAAAUUCAAGUAAAGCUCUAGGUGGUGCUGGAGCAUAUUCUGGGUCUCAAGCAUCUCAGGGUGGUUCCCAAGUUCGGCAACAACGUGAAAACGCCAAUCGUGGUAAACCACAGAAGCACCCUGACAAAAAUGCUGGGACUGGUGGGACAAGCCAAAACAAUUGGGGAGCAAGGAGAUCAGAAGCUUCUUUGUGGCUGUUGCUUAUUAACAAGCUCUUGAAGAAGUCCCUUUUACCUGUGGUUCUUUUUUGCUUUUCAAAGAACCGUUGUGAUAAAUCAGCUGAUAAUUUGACUUCAACUGAUCUUACAAAUAGUUCAGAAAAGAGUGAAAUUCGUGUUUUCUGUGACAAAGCCUUUUCACGCCUAAAGGGAUCUGACCGGAACCUUCCACAGGUAGUCAGAGUCCAAAGCCUUUUGCGUAGAGGGAUUGGUGUUCAUCAUGCUGGUCUGCUUCCUAUUGUUAAAGAGGUCGUGGAGAUGCUCUUUUGUCGUGGUGUUAUAAAGGUUCUGUUUUCCACUGAGACAUUUGCCAUGGGUGUUAAUGCUCCAGCUAGGACGGUUGUUUUUGAUACUCUGAGAAAGUUUGAUGGGAAAGAGUUCAGACAGUUGCUUCCUGGUGAAUACACUCAAAUGGCUGGCCGGGCAGGUAGGAGAGGACUGGAUACGAUUGGCACGGUUGUAGUUAUGUGUCGUGAUGAAAUCCCUGAGGAGAGGGAUUUGAAACAUGUUAUUGUAGGAAGCGCCACAAGGCUUGAAUCUCAAUUUCGAUUGACUUACACUAUGAUAUUGCAUCUACUUCGUGUUGAAGAGUUGAGGGUAGAGGACAUGCUGAAGAGAAGCUUCGCCGAAUUUCAUGCUCAAAAGAAACUUCCAGAACAGCAACAACUUCUCAUGCGAAAGCUUGCUCAGAUUGCAAAAACUGUCGAAUGUAUAAAGGGUGAACCUGCAAUUGAGGAAUACUAUGAGAUGCUCUUGGAAGCUGACCAGCAAAGAAAAUUUGUGUUAGAGACACUCAUGCAAUCCACUACUGCCCAAGGCUAUCUUACACCGGGAAGAGUGGUGGUCGUCAAUUUACAAUCAUCACAGGCCCAAGAUCACCUUCUUGGAGUCGUCCUAAAAGUACUCUCCGAUGUAAAUAAACAAUACAUUGUUUUGGUUCUGAGACCUGAUCGGCCAGUAUCAACUCACGCUCCUUCAGCUAGUGAUAAAUUACAACAAAAAUUAAAUGAUAAUCUGCCGCAAGGUUAUUUUAUUGCUCCUAAAAAGCAGCGUGGUCGAGAUGAUGAGUACUUCUCAGUUGGGAAGUCUCGGAAGGGAAAGGGGACCAUCAAUAUAGAAUUACCACGCCUUAGUAGUGCAGCUGGAAUGAGUUAUGAAGUUUUAAAAAUCGACCACAAAGAGUUCUUAAGCAUUUGCAACUGCAAAAUUAAGAUUGAUCAAGUUGGGCUUCUUGAAGAUGACAGUAAUGCAGCAUACUCAAAAACUGUUCAACAACUUUCUGAGACAAAAACCAGUGGAAACAAAUAUCCUCAAGCCUUAGAUCCCAUAAAAGAUUUGAAGCUGAAAGACGUGAAGUCUGUUGAAGCAUACCAUGCAUGGAAUAGACUAUUGUUAAAUAUGUCUAUGAACAAGUGCCACGGAUGUUCAAAAUUUGAAGAGCACCUUGCUAUAGUAAAAGAGUCACACAGGCAGAAGGUGGAAGUUAACAACCUAAAGUUUCAACUGUCAGAUGAAGCACUCCAGCAGAUGCCAGACUUUCAGGGCAGGAUUGAUGUGCUGAAGAAGGUCGGUUGUAUUGAUGCUGACCUUGUUGUUCAGAUUAAGGGCCGUGUAGCAUGUGAGAUGAAUUCUGGCGAAGAGUUGAUAUCUACUGAGUGUUUGUUUGAGAACCAGCUAGAUGAACUGGAACCAGAAGAAGCUGUGGCCCUUAUGUCUGCACUUGUAUUUCAACAAAAGAACACUUCUGAGCCGUCUCUUACUCCCAAGUUGGCGGAGGCAAAGAAUAGAUUGUAUGACACGGCAAUCAGACUUGGGGAGCUACAAGCGCAUUUUAAUCUACCAAUAAGUGCCGAGGAAUAUGCACGAGAUAAUCUCAAGUUCGGUCUUGUUGAAGUGGUGUACGAGUGGGCAAAGGGUACACCUUUUGCAGAUAUCUGUGAGCUUACAGAUGUUCCUGAAGGCCUGAUUGUUAGAACCAUUGUCCGUCUGGAUGAGACAUGUCGUGAAUUCAAAAAUGCAGCAUCAAUCAUGGGCAAUUCAGCACUUUACAAGAAAAUGGAAACAGCUUCGAACGCAAUCAAGCGUGAUAUUGUUUUCGCAGCUAGUCUUUACGUCACUGGAGUUUAAUGUGAUAAAAGACUUCCCCCAAUAUCAUGCAAAGAUUAGUGGAAUGAUUUUGAGCUGUGACUUGCAACUAGAAAUAGUCCGCGAACCAGGUGUUGUUCAGUUAUCAUCUUUCCAUAUAGAAAGUUGCAUCCUAUAACCCAGCAUGCAUCAUUAUCUUAACAGUCUUUUUAAAUUUCUGUAAAAAGGUGUCACUGAAAUUCAAUAAGAUCCAUUGAAACUGGUGUAUUCAACUUAAUUGGCAUUUGUUAAUCAAAAUGUAAAAUGUACUAUUUGGUAUUAAACUUGCAAGAUUAAGUCAAAUUCAUUUGUUCUCUU